AUGCAAGAGAUUAGUAAAGCAUAUGAAGUAAGCAAAAUACAAGAAGUUAGAAAAGCAUAUAAAGUAAGCAAAAUAGGAUAUAUCAGCAAAGCACGUGAAAUCAAUGAAUCAGGUGAAAUAAAUGAAUCAGGUAAGGUAAAUGAAUUAGGGGAAGUAAAUAGAUCAAGUAAAGUAAAUAGAUCAGGCGAAGUAAAUAAAUCAGGUGAAGUAAAUGAAUCAGGCGAAGUAAAUAAAUCAAGCAAAAUAAAUAGAUCAAGCAAAAUAAAUGAAUCAGAAAAAAUAAAUGAAUCAGGUGAAGUAAAUGAAUCAGGUGAUGUAAAUAAACCAGAUAAAAUAAAUAGAUCAGGCAAAGUAAAUGAAUCAGGCGAAAUAAAUAGAUCAGGCAAAGUAAAUGAAUUAGGCGAAGUAAAUGAAUUAGGCAAAGUAUAUGAAUCAGAAAAAGUAAUUGAAUCAGAUGAUGUAUAUGAAUUAGGUGAAGUAAAUGAAGAAAGCAAUAGUUCUUUUAAAAAAUUAUGUUUUAAUAAGAAGAAUACAGAUACUUUAAAUGCAAUUUUAGUAAAAGUUGGUGAUUUAUUUAAAGAUUUUACAUGUGCAGAGGAAAAAAUACAACAGUAUGUAGAUUUUAAAGGGUUUAAGAUAUGGUUGACAAAAAAUCCAGAAAAUCUCAGAACUUCUAUUAAACAAGAGAAUAAACAUACCUACGAAAUGUCCAUUAAAGCAUUACAGUUUGAAAAAUUAAAAGUGUUUACAAAAGACAUGUGUGAUAAUAGCGAGUUUUAUGUGAAAAAAUAUAAUUUUGGUGUGACUACAAUUAAACAGAUUCUUGGUGAUGCUGCCCAGUUUUAUGAAAAUUUGUUAGCUAAGCAACGUGAAGACCCUGGCCAGAAUGCCUGCAUAAAACACCUUCUUGAAAAUAGUAAUACUUCUCUUUGUGAACUCAGCAAGGUUAUUAUAAAUCAAAUUGAAGGACAGACAAAGCAAAAAGAUUUUGAAGAUUGGAGCGAAAUGAAGGAAAGCAUUUAUUAUACAGCAACUCAUUCUAGUAUUGAAGAUAUCAAAACAAAUAUAUGUGAACAUGAAAGCAAUCUUAUUCAAAUAAACAGACAGCAUAAAGAUUCAAAUUUAGAUAGUAAUUCAGAUAAAAAGAAUGUUCAACUUAAAAAUCUGCAUAAAAUUACUAUUAAAGAUAGACCUAAAUCAAAGCAUGGUCAAAAUCAUUGUGGUUAUUGCAAAGAACUAGGUCAUAACGUUGUCAUAUACUCUAAAAAGAAUGUAGAGCAAACAAAUGAAGAGCAAACAAGUAAUGAAGAGCAAACAAGUGAUAAAGA